CGACUUGAUCCUACUGUGGUUUGGUUUCUGUUGGUUUUGGGGUACUGCCAUCAGCCUACUCCUCUCACCCUUAAACGUAUGCAUUUAUGUAGCUUUUACAUUGUCAUUCUAUGAACUCGGGAUUGAUAUUAUUUGCUUUCUGAACUUCUGUUUGGGCUGAAGAGUAAUGAAUUAUGGCUAUGCUGCAGGAAUCCAGCCUGCCAGACAUAUUUACAGAGAACAGUUGGGUGUCUCCUAAUGCUACUACAAGAAGCCGUGCUAAUGGGAGAGCUUCUCCAGGGGAGACGGGCUUCAGUGCAGAUAGACCCUCGUCAAGUGUCAAGAUAGAAACUUAUGUGGAGAGGACGGCAGAAAUCAACCCUUUUAACAUGGCCAGAGUGGAAGAGUCCCUUCGAUCAGAUGAUAUGGAAGAUGAAUCUGGUUCAUAUUCUCCAGGAUCUUCCACAACUGCAACUGAGAGUUUCAUUGGCUGCUCUGACUUCUUAGAACCAAAUGAAAUCUCAAUACCUUCGGUCUCUAUAAGUCUUGCCCCUUUUUGUCGUGGGUCUCAGAAGAUACAGGUAUUGCACGACUAUGGUGAACUACAAAUUUGCUGUAGACGAAUGAAGGUGCGGUUUGGUGUUAGUUCAAAGUAUGCUGAUUAUGCUGGUCGGCGACGAUUGAGUUUCGUGGUUGAUGCAUCAUCAGACCUGUGCCAAAUCUUGGAUGCAGUUGAUAAUCUUGCUCAAAAGCUAUCUGUCGACUCAGGUAGCAGCUCAGAGUGGAGGCCUGUGGUAACUAGAAAGCCUGGCUUUAUGAACUAUCCUACUGUCCGAUUAAAUUUACCAACUGUUAUAGAUGGUAAUAAUUCCCGCUGGAUGACGGAGAUAUACCAGAAAGAAUCUUCCACAACACAAAAGCUCGUCUUUAGUAGAUUUGAUGUGACAGAACUGGAAUCCUUGAUAACACCAGGAACAUUUGUGGAUGCUUACUUCUCAGUUGAUUCAUAUGACAUCCAACAGAAUGCUGGCAUCCGCUUAGUCGCACUAAAGUUGAUUGUGCAUUCCAAUUCCACCUGAUAGAUGAUUGACCUCUAUAACUUAAACUUAGGUGGCUUGGACUGUUUAUCAGAUUGACUAUAUUUAGAAACUCGCUGUGAUUCCUGUGAAAUCUUUCAAGAGGGGAAGGCAUUAAUUAGCUCUCUCAUGUAUGAUAAAUUGAAAGGUUUUAUCCAACCUAUCAUCUGUACGUUUUUGUGUUUAAUCUGAUAAAACAUUCACAAGUGACUUUACCGUGUUAUUUUUAUUAGUUGGACGACCAUUUAUAUGUUACUCA